AUGGAAGUGUCUGACCAGCCCAGCGAGCACCAAUUCCUCAAGCAGAAGCACAUCCAAUACGUCAUCGAGCAAGACUCGCACAAGUCCUAUGAAUACUGGCUCAGUGAGCACCUCCGCAUGAAUGGGCUCUACUGGGGCGUUACUGCGUUGGCCACCAUGGAUGUGUUAGAGGCAAAUCUUCCGCGUGGUAAGGUUGAGGAGUACGUUAUGAGCUGCUGGGACUCGGCCAGUGGAGCGUUUGGUGCGUUUCCCAAGCACGAUGGCCAUAUUUUGUCGACAUUAUCGGCCCUCCAAAUACUACUGAUUUACGAUGUGGCAAUGCCCACCUUGGACUCGGAAAAAAGAUCCCAGCUCACCCAGUUUAUUGUGGGUCUCCAGCAGGACGAUGGAAGCUUCCAAGGCGAUCGCUUCGGAGAAAUAGACACUCGGUUCUCGUAUACUGCCCUCUCGUCGUUGUCUAUCCUCGGAGAAUUAACACCUGAAAUCGCCGAUCCUGCCAUUGCUUUUAUCAUGCAAUGCCAGAAUUUCGAUGGCUCCUUCGGGUUGGUUCCCGGCAGCGAAAGUCAUGCUGCCCAGGUGUUUACAUGCAUUGGUUCGCUUGCCAUCUGCGAUCUGUUGCACUUGCUCAAGGACGAUACCAAAUUGAGCAACUGGCUCAGCGAGAGGCAGGUGUUGCCAAGCGGAGGCUUCAAUGGACGUCCUGAAAAAUUGCCCGAUGUGUGCUACAGCUGGUGGGUGUUGUCGUCGCUUGCAAUUUUCGGAAAGAAGCACUGGGUGGAUCUUCCGAUGCUCGAAAAGUUCAUCUUGGCAUGUCAAGAUGGCUCCGAUGGAGGGAUUAGCGACCGUCCCGAUAAUCAGACCGACAUCUACCACACCUGCUUUGGGAUUGCGGGCUUGAGCUUGAUCGACCACAGGCGGUACGGGUUCAAGGAGAUCGAUCCCGUCUACUGUAUGCCAAGUGAGACAACCCAGCACUUCACCAAGUGGAAGCGCGUAUCCUAG